AUGGCAGCCCACCGACAGCUCUCAAGAUUGAAGAAGAAAAAAAAAAAGAAAAGGAUUGAAGAAUUGAUAACUCAAAAUCAUAAUCAAGAAGAAAUAACUAUUCUUCAUUGUUGGAAAUGUAGACAAUGUAUAGCAAGUUCUGAUUGCUUCAAGAAAUACCUUGAGAAUCAGGUUAGUAAGGAUAGAGUUGAUUCAACUGAUGCUCAAAGGAUUUGUCAUGUAUGGCACAUGAAUAUAGAAACCCUUCCAGAAUGGAUAAACUGCCUAAUACAAAAAACCCAGUGGACAGUUGGAAAGCUGAAUUGCCCUUUCUGUGGGGCCCGGUUAGGGGGCUUUGAUUUUGUCAACACUCCAAAAUGUUCCUGUGGCCAGCUUGCAGCUGUACAUCUUUCCAAGAGCGGGACCGAUGAUCAGCCAACACAGGCAGACAAACUAAGGAGCGUAUCGCUGGGAUACUUGUCAGAUGCUAGAGUGCAGUCGGGUGACAGGGGAACUCUGCUGACUGGUGGCGCCUCCAGAAAAAGGAAGCACAGGCUUUUCAGCAUGGCCCAAAAUAACAGUGGCCCUGGAAGACUAACAGAAGCUCUCUGCCUGGAGGUGAGAUCAACAUAUUUUGAGAUGAAGAAUGAAAAACUGCUCUUUAAAUCAUCAGGUCCAAAAUACCAGCUUUUUGUUCCCCAGCUUGUGACUGGCAGAUGUACAGCAAGAGCUUUUCAUAGAAAAUCACAUAGUUUGGAUCUGAACAUCAGUGAGAACCUGACUUUAUUUCCUACUCUGUGUGAAAUGCAUAGGAGGACAACUGCCUAUUCUAGGCUAAAUGAAACACAGCCCAUUGACCUUUCUGGCUUGUCUUUAGAGAGUAGUAAAAAUAGCUGUUCCUUUCAGAAUCCAUCCAGUUUUGAUCCUAAUAUGCUGCUGCAGAGAUUGUCAGUGGCUCCCCAUGAGACUCAGACACAAAGAGGAGGAGAAUUUCAGUGUCAUCUAGAAGCGUCUGCUGUGUCCUCUGACCGUGCUAGUUCCAACAGCCUGACUUUCCUGAUGGACUUACCCUCGGCUGGCAGGAGCAUGCUGGAAGCUUCGGAUCAGGAAGAGCACCUCUCUCCUCUGGACUUCUUGAGCUCAGCCAGUUUUUCAUUGGGCGCCAUUAACCAGAGGCUCAAUAAGAGAGAAAGAAGCAAGUUGAAGAAUUUGAGAAGGAAACAACAAAGGCAUGAAAGAUGGCUACAGAAGCAGGGUAAAUACCCAGGGAUAGGAUUGCUGGAUCAUAUGACUUUGAAUAAUGAGAUGAGGACAAAUGAUGACAAUGAAUAUACAGACGAAAAAGAAAGUUACAUCUGUGCGGUGUGUCUGGAUGUUUAUUUCAAUCCCUAUAUGUGUUACCCUUGCCACCACAUCUUCUGUGAGCCCUGCUUACGGACUCUCGCCAAAGACAAUCCUGCAAGCACUCCCUGCCCUUUGUGUCGGACAAUUAUUUCUAGAGUCUUUUUCCAGACAGAACUGAACAAUGCUACAAAAACAUUCUUUACUAAAGAAUAUUUAAAAAUAAAACAAAGUUUUCAGAAAUCCAGCUCUGCAAAAUGGCCACUACCAAGCUGCAGAAAAGCAUUUCAUCUUUUUGGAGGUUUUCCCAGACACGCAGCCCCAGUUACAAGAAGGCAGUUUCCACAUGGCGCGCACAGGAUGGAUUACCUGCACUUUGACGAUGACAGCCGGGGAUGGUGGUUUGACAUGGAUAUGGUGAUCAUCUACAUUUACUCCGUGAAUUGGAUCAUUGGAUUCAUUGUUUUCUGCUUUCUUUGCUAUUUUUUCUUUCCGUUUUAGGAAUUUUCAUACUUAAUUCAGUUGAACAAUCAUAUAAAACCUAGAUAAUGUUAAUAACAACUACUUAAACCUUUUUAGAGUGUGCUUUAAAGUUUUUAUAAUGUUUCCUUAUAGAAAUUGUUUAUAGAGAGCCUGGGAAUAAUGGAUUUAUUUAUUGAUGUUUUUCAUAUAACAAACUAACUUUAUUCAAGACCUAAUCUAUCCAUUUAGCAACAAUGCACCAUUAAUUUCAUAGUUCUUAGUUUAGGAUUUGGAACUCAAGUUUUACAAUGUUACUUUUAUACUUUAUUAUGCAGAUUUAGGAUUUCUCUCCAUAUUAAAAAAUAGUAAAAGUAUUAAAUGAAAGGACAAUCUGAGUAAAUAAAGCCUUUAUUGAUAAAAAAUAUUGCAUUAAUCAAUACCUAUUCUCAGGCAAAGUAUAUGCAUUAAAAAUUAAACCUUAGUCUCUGGGAACUGAUCUAGCAGGGUAGAUUUGAUUUGGUUUCUAAUUUUCUCUAUUUGUGUCCCUUACCACCAAAAACGCUAUGUCUUUUGUACAUACCUAAUAAUAGCUUUAGUGAAACAUGUUUUAUUAUAUAGUAAAUGCAAAAAUAAAAAUGAAUCUAUGAAACUAAUGCCCACCAAUAGACACUUGAAGAAGACAUAUUAACACUUUUCAAAUUGUAAGAUUAAUCACCUGGAAAAAUAAUUUACUGACUUUCAGUAAUCUUGAGCAAUGCAUUACCCAAAUGUAAUUAAUUUAGUUAUUUGUGUAACUAGAAAGUUGUCAAAUAUAUUGUAAAUGUGCAAUAAAGAGUGGCUUUUAAAAUCUG